AUGUCUAUUCAAGCCACAAAUGUAUAUAGCACCAAUCAAACUGCUGAUAAUCUUAGCAGACAUGACAUAUUAAAUUGGAUUAAUACGUGUUUGGAAUCGAAUUAUGGAAAGAUUGAGGAGCUGUGCACUGGUGCGGCUUACUGUCAACUUAUGGAUAUGCUAUUUCCAGGAACUCUUAACUUUAAGAAAAUAAAGUUCAAUACCCACUUGGAACAUGAAUAUAUUUCCAAUUUCAAGCAGCUUCAAGCAAUAUUUAAAAAACUGGGUGUUGAUAAAGAGGUGCCAAUUGAGAAACUUGUGAAAGGCAAGUACCAGGAUAACUUUGAGUUUGUCCAAUGGUUUAAACGAUUUUAUGAUGCCAAUUAUACUGGACAACCCUAUGAUGCUUUGUCCGCGCGUGGUGGAGAGCAAAUAGGAGGUUCUGGGAAACCGUCAGCUAAACCCCGUGCUGCUCCUGCAAGACCCGCACUUACAACUACCGUUAGAACUACAGCCCCUCAUCCUGGUAGGAUCAGUAGUUUCUAUCAUGACCCUAGCACAUUAAUAAAUAUUGUCAAUGUGGCUCCUCUUUUUAUCAAGCACCUCCGAAGCCCGUCGGCCAAGCUCGUUGUAAUACCUCAUCUGCAGGAUCUCGCCCUAAUCACCAAGCCGCCGCCGAACUUGAUAGUCUUACACCGUCUUUUGACUCAUUUUUUUUACUUAUGUUUUCAGCGCGAUUUCUAUUUCAACAAGCUGCGUGAAAUCGAAGAUCUUUGCGGAAAGGUUGAUGAAAAUGAGAUGACCAAGAAGCUCCUUGAUAUUCUUUACGCGACGGAGGAGGGUUUUGUUCCGCCUGAGCCCGAAGAGCCGGAGGAAUUUUGA